CUACGCGAAACAUUUACCAGAAUUGUUCUGAAAAUUCAACAUACAAAUACAAUACACCGACACAAACCGGCGCCAGCCUGUAUAUAGUUGAUAGAACUAGUUGCCCAGCUGAUCCGAUACAGGUUUACAAAUAUCCAUACACAAUAACCCAUAAGUGAAGCAAAACGAUAAUGGACAAUUGGAAUGUUUUAGCCGCACAGACCUCAUCCCAAGCCAUUGGACGUGAUGAUAUUGGCACAGUGAAGACGCGUCUGACCAUCGAGAAGCUGCCGGACAAGGUGCUGCUGCACAUUUUUUCGUAUCUAUCUCAUCGUGAGAUUUGUCGCCUGGCACGUAUAUGUCGUCGCUGGCGUCAGAUAGCCUACGAUACACGCCUGUGGAAGAAUGUAUCGCUGAGGCCAGAGGUAUCAGGUCUGCAUGUCGGAUCCCUGGAGAUGCUGUUGUCCCUAAUCUCGGUGAGAUUUGGACCCACAUUGCGUUACAUUGAGCUACCAAUUGAAUUGAUCACGCACACUGUGUUGCAUGAAUUGUCGGCCAAGUGUCCCAAUUUGACUCACAUGCUGCUGGACUUCUCCACGGCCAUGCAGCUUCACGAUUUCAGCGAAAUGCAGGCUUUUCCCACCAAACUGCGCUAUAUGUGCAUUUGCCUUUCCGAAGUCAUUUUCAUGGAGGGUUUUAUGCGCAAAAUCUAUAAUUUCAUCAAUGGCCUGGAGGUUCUACAUUUGAUUGGCACAUACGAGAAGUGCGAAGAGGAGGAGGAGGAAAUCUACGAAGUCAUCAAUGUCCACAAACUGAAGUCGGCCACACCCAAUUUGCGGGUUAUCAAUCUAUAUGGCAUCAAUUUCAUUGAUGACUCUCAUAUCGAUGCAUUCAGCUCGAAUUGCAUUCAGUUGGAGUGUCUGGCUGUUAAUUUUUGUAACAAGGUCACUGGUUCUACAUUGAAGACGUUGAUUCAACGUUCCAAACGUUUGACCUGCCUCCUCAUGAAUGGCACCAGUCUGAAAUCCGAAUUUGUCAUGCAAGCUGAAUGGGAUAAAUGUGCUCUACAGGAAUUGGAUAUCACAGCCACGGAUUUGUCCACCGAAUGUCUGAUUGAUAUGUUGACACGCAUACCAACGCUUAAGUUUCUAUCGGCUGGACAAAUCAAUGGAUUCAAUGAUUCUGUUCUCAAGCAAUGGAUGGAAUCGGGCACUACUAGAUCUCUUAUAUCCUUGGACUUGGAUUCCUCCGACAACAUCUCUGAUGAGGGUCUGUUGAAGUUUUUGCAGCGUCAAGGACAUCAGUUGCUUGCUUGUUGUCUAUCCGGUAUGCCACAUAUUACAGAUCAACUAUGGAUGAGUAUCUUACCACUGCUGGGCAAUUGCAAAAUUGUUGUCAUGGGCACGGCCGAGAAAUUGGGUGUUAACAUCCAUGUUGAUCAGCUUAUGGACACUAUAGCCUCCAAUUGUGGCAAUUUGGAGCGUCUGGAGCUGCGUUGGGAUCCCGAUAAUUUGCGUUUCUCGGACAAAAGUCAAAAGGCCAUUGAUAUAUUGCGUGUCAAGUGCUUAAAGCUGCGUUGCAUGGUUCUAAGUGAUGGUCGCUACUAUGAGACAGUGAAGGCCAAUUUUGAGCGUGCAGAUCGUAUCACUGUGGUACGCACCACAACGUGUUGCCGUGUGUCGCCAUAUCAUUUGCUGCGCAACUAUAAUGAUUUGAUUUUCAAUUAAACGAUUGUCUUACAUUUGUUUUGUCGUUCUUUGGAUUGUUGUGUCUAUAUGCAUAUAUAUAUAUAUAUGAUAUAGUUAAACUAGAGUUGAAUUUGUUUUUGCUUUGCUUAAACAUAAAUUGUUUUCUGUAUUUUUCCGCUUCUUUCGUUUAAUUAAAUUAUAUCUAAAUAAACGUAAAUAGGUAAUUUAAAGAAAUAUAUAUAUAUAUAAACAAAGGA